CCACAAAGAUAAUAGAUCUCGAUAAGAUGCUUGGCGGCUGUUAUACUUCUAGGGUUCUUUACCUACGAUCGGGAGCUCGCUGGCUUGGUAGUUUUGGUUUCGAUUGACGGGAAUUUCGGAUCAUGGCGCGGAAUACAGCAUGCACGAUUUUUAUAGGUAACUUGGAUGAAAAGGUGACUGAAAGGGUCUUAUAUGAAAUCCUUAUUCAAGCUGGUUAUCUAGUUGACCUACAUUUACCGCGGGAUAAAGAAUCUAAUAAUCACAAGGGCUAUGCUUUUGCUGAAUAUGAAACAGAGGAGGUUGCAAACUAUGCCGUUAAGCUUUUCUCUGGUCUUGUUCGACUAUAUAACAAAACUCUUAGAUUUGCGAUGGCAGGACAGGACAAGUCCUCAUCCAACUCUGCUAGUCCUGCUGCAAACAAACCAAAUUCUUCUUCCAUGAGGAGGCCACGCCCUGUAGGUGCAUUUUGUGGGAAUUACUCCGAAGAAUCAUUGCCCUCAUCAAUUAUCCAUAAAGAUGCUGUAGAGAAACAUUCGAUUGAACCUGCAUUCCACCACUCUGCUUCAGGGAAUUUAGUGGCUAAAGAACUCAGUAAUGGAAACUUUGAAUAUAGCAGGCGUGUCAUUGGAUCUAUGAUAAAUGGUGCUGCUCGUGCCGGUGCACAUAACCCGAUAACUUAUACAUCCUACUAGCUUUUGCAGGUUGAUCAUUCCCUUAACCAAGGUUAGUCUUUUGUUGUUUUUUGCUCUUUUGUAGGGGUUUCAGUGUUAUGUUUAUCUAUUUGUACUACCACUCUUCAGUUAGGUAGAAUGAUAAUAUCCUGAAAAAAUCCUGUACCCUUAAUUGCUGUAAUUAUGCCACGACAACAUUACGACAUCUAUGUUGCUCAAUUGCAAAGACACAGUUAAUUUUCUGCCCUUAAUUGGUUGUUAUCUUCCUUUAA